AUGGCCCGGCGUCUAUUUGCAGACGUGGAGACGGCGUCGACGUGCGCGUGCUUGUUUCCAAAGAGCGUGUCUGCCUGUCAAGUGGUGGCGGAGGCGGCGAAGAAGAGAGCACUGGAGAAGUUGAAUGCAAUCUACUCCGUUGAGGGGAAUCGGACAUUUACCAACACUGCCGUGGCUGUUGAUAUUGCAGCUGCAGAGUUUGGCGUUUCUUCAAGUCUGCUUUCAGUGGUGAUGAAUGUCUCAGCAGACAAGGCGACACGUGAGGAGGCCAACAAACGAAUCGUUGAACUCAAGGCAUUUGAAAUCGACAAUUUCCAAUCCAAUAAGCGCCUUUAUGCGGCCCUGAAGGAUGUUUCCCAGAGCCCUGAAUACAGGAAGGAGUACUUGGAGGGUAAGAAAGAUAGAGAGUACUCUUACUGGCUUGAGGAGGAGCUAAAAGACUACAGGCGAAAAGGAAUGGAGUUGCCAGAAGACAAAUUCAAGGAAGUUGUGGAAUUGCAAAAAGAACUAUCGGCUUUGUGCACAACCUUUUCCCGGAAUAUUAGCGAAGAUAAGAGUGAGAUUUUGGUGUCGGCGGAAGACCUAAGGGGGGUGCCAGAAUCCAUCAUCAAGGGGCUUAAAAAGGCGGAUGAUGGUCGACUUGUGUUGAAAAUGGACUAUCCAACCUACUUUGCGAUUAUAAAAAACGCCGAGGUGGCCGCUACCCGUCAAGUCAUGGCUCGGGCUGCAAGCAACAAGGCAUAUCCUGUGAAUGAGCAGGUUCUGAAAGAAAUGAUCGUCAAAAGGCAGACUCUGGCUGAGCUGCUUGGCUUUCCUUCUUAUAGUUAUCUCAAUUUGGAUGAUAAAAUGGCAAAAUCUCCAGAGACGGCAUCAAGGUUUGUCAAUGAUCUCAUUCCUCGGCUUAAGCAGAAAUGGAACUCCGAAUUGGAGUUGAUAAAAAAACACUUGCACGAAAGCUGUAUUUUGACGGAGGAUGGACGCUUACAGGAUUACGAUGUGGCUUUUAUGAUGAAUCAGAUCAAAAAGAAUCAGCUCAAUGUUAGCGAGACUGAAAUUCAAGAAUACUUUCCUCUUGAUGUCACGGUUAAGGGCUUGUUUGAUAUAUAUCAGGCGUUUUUUAACAUUACCUUUACUCGUAUUGACAACGGCUCCGAACUUUGGGAUGAGAGCGUGUUCACGCUUCACGUCAAGGACAACGCAUCUGGAAAGACUUUGGGGCACGUGAUUAUGGAUCUUUUUCCGCGCGAAGGAAAGUUUUCGCAUGCAUGUUGCCACUCGGUCGUUCCUCCCGUUCUUCUGCAUGGCUCUGAAAAUGAAUAUUCACCUGCCUUGGGUGUUGUAAUUGCGAACUUCCCGGCAGCUUCAAAGGAUCAACCUUCGCUAUUUCUUCAUGACGAUGUGACCACAUUUUUUCACGAAUUCGGUCACGCCAUUCAUGGGCUUAUGGGGCGCAGUCGCAUGGCGUCUUUCGCCGGAACAAAUGUCAAGUGGGACUUUGUUGAAUUGCCCUCCCAAAUGUUGGAGGAAUGGGUUUGGGAACCCGAGCUUCUUCAAAAAAUAUCAUCCCAUUACAAAACGCACGAACAUUUACCCAGUAGCCUUGUGGAGGCGAAAGUUAAGUCUCGAAAUGCAUUCAGCGGUCGGGAUUCUCUCAGGCAGUUGGAAUUUGCCACCUAUUCCCUGGAAAUUUUUGCCGCCCCUUUUGCAGGCGGAAAAGAUACCAAUAAAUUGGAUACUACGGGGCUAAUGAGGGAUAUCCGCUCAAGAAUCAAUCCCUAUAUUAAAUAUGGGGAUGAUACACAUUUUGAAUGCUCUUUUGGUCAUCUUACCAGUUAUGGUGCUGGAUAUUAUGGCUAUAUGUGGUCCAAGGUUUUUGCUCUUGAUGUGUAUGGAUACAUUAAGAGCCAUAACGGUCUCCUGGAUCCUGUUAUCGGCAAGCGCUACGUUUCUGACAUUAUUGGUGUUGGGGGUGGCCGAGAUCCAAGUGAAAUGCUGAAAAAGUUUUUGGGCAGGGAGCCCAACAGCGAUGCAUUUUUGAAAAGUCUAGGG